ACCAAUCUUCAAUCUCGUCUCUGACUUUGAACUCGCAGUCUACACUGGUUACAGUUGAUGAGUUGACUCCUAUGUCUCUGAGAUGCGAUGUUGACAGUAAUCCAGGAUCUCACAUCAAACUGCUGAACAACUCACACACUCUGCAUGAAGUGACAAUCUCUAAACAGGCUGAGUACACAUGGAUCGAGGCUGGGUGUUUGAAUACAGGAAACUACACGUGUGAAGCGGAAAACAACAUCAAGUCAGCUGUCAAUGAAAGUGUGCAGCUUGUUGUAAAGUGUUCACCAAGACUAGAUUACCGAGUUCCAUUCCAGAAAGAGUUUGCAGCAGCAGAAGGUGGAAAUGUGACUCUGAAGAUAUCAGUGAUUGCCAACCCAACACCCACAUUCACCUGGUACAAUCUGACUAAUGAAAACAAAGAACUCGGGUCUGGUAGUUCAUCUACAACUGACGUAUCUGCUGUUGGGAAACUCACACUGACAGAUGUUCAGCAGGGAGAUAUUGGUACCUAUCAGGUUGUUGUGUCUAAUAGAGCUCCAAGACAAGACCUUGUGGUGAACCUGACACUUGAUGUAGCAGGUCCCCCGAAUAUUCCCAUGAAUGUCACAGCAUGGAGCAAUGGUUCACACUCAGUCUCGGUGUCUUGGAUAGAGGCAUUCAAUGGAGGAUCAAAUCAGACGUUCCUUUAUACAAUACCGAGCAGACAGAAACAUACAGUGGACAUAUCUCACGGAAGAG